AUGGCUUUCGGAACGGUUUUCUGUCCCACACAACAGCAAACCAUUCAUGUGAUACUGCUAACAUUCACAAUUUUUGGAUUUAUUCCGUUUAAGAUUGAUUCUGGGAGUCUGAGAGUUUGUCACAGUCAACGCAAUAGAAGUUUAUUCACUUUCAAGUGGAUAAUUGGAACUAGUGUUUUCUAUACCGCGGAAAUAAUCGUUGCGAUAAUUUUUCACGAAAGUGUGUUUUUCAGUGGUUUUGUUGUUGGCUGGAUUAACGACAUGCUGAAAUAUAGCAGCGAAGUGCUGGCAAUAUACGUCACUAUAGUGGAAGUAAUUUCGCAGAAAAAUACUCAGCUGCAAAUUUUUGAACGCCUUGCCGAAUUUGGAACUGAUAGAUCUCAUGUCGGCAUACUUAAUGUACAACAAUAUUCGAAAUUUUGUAAACAGUAUUCAAUAAAAUUUUUCAUGUAUGUUGGAGUCACACUGAUCAUGGAAUUAAAGUUAGUCAUCGGUGUCAUGUCUUACAAUAGGCAAUGGGUGAACAUUUGGAGUUUUUCAAUCUUCGUUCUGGCAUUCGGAAGACUGCGCAGUUUGUAUUUCAUCUUCUACAUAGAUCUUAUACGGGCACAACUAACUUCUGUUCGAGAACGCCUAACGGAACUCGUCGCACUCAUGCAUUGGGCAAAGACUUUCUCCCGACACAGUAACGAGUAUUAUCAAACUGUUGAUGAAGUUUCGAAAACACUUUUAUUUUUGAAAAAUUGCUAUGGUGAAAUUUGGCUCAUGACGAUGAAUGUGAAUAGUGUUAUAGGUUGGAGUAUGUGUUUCAACCUGUUAAGUAGCUUUGUGCAAGUGUCCUGCGACAUGUACUGGUUCUAUCUCACCAUCCAUGACAAAGCAGUAGAUGGAUACGAAGAGUUGUUCCUGAGUAUGUGUCCAUCACCCAUCAUGGCAGUCAUGCUACUUUACUCUGCUGAAGCCUGUUUGGACGUGGCUGACUCGAUGGGACCGCUGUUGCAUGAAAUUCCCAAGUGUGGCAGUGUAAAACUAUACAAUAUCGUGUACAGAUUUUCGAACCAUAUUUCUCAACAUCCGAUCAGAUUCUCAGCGCAUAGUUUGACAGAGAUUAACUACAAGUUACUAAAAUUGCUCAUCACUGGAAUUACAACCUACAUGCUAAUAUUUAUUCCUUUUUCGUCGAACAUCCCAAACGUCGGUGGAUCAGACGCAACUCAAGUGACCGCACCACCGUGUGCCAUCCGCGGGGGAGGCCCCCCCGGGAUGUUGACCACGGCACCACCCUCCAACAACACAGCCUCGCCAACCGGAACCCGGCGACCGAUCUACACCCAUCCGACACAUGACACCAUCCUUACGGACCAUCCGUCAGCUGAUGUCCCACUGGAAUGCGGACUGCGGCCCCAGCGGAACUCUAUCUGCCAGUACGACCAGGACCAAGAACCGAAGACCAGGACCACUUAA